UUGGCAAUAGAAACAAACAGCAGUUUGUUAUUUUUUAAUGUCCAGUUUGAUGCGUAAAAUGCAUCAUUCUGACGCCUGAUUUUUAUAGUGAGUUGAAUUUCAUCUACAAAUAAAAUCACGCUGAUACGUUUAUUCUUUUACCUUCUAAUUAAUAAAGCCAAUUAAUAUAGUGACACAUUUUAGUGUCCAGAGUAAAUCAGUCUGAACUACUCCUUUAACUUGUUCUAAACGUUUAGACGUUGAGAGGCUUUGCUUAGAAAAAACAGUAGUGAACAUGACUUGAGUUGUUCAUGAACUUCUCAGCUUGUUUGACAUUAAAGGUCAUAUUACAGGCCUGUCCUGCACCGAGGCCUGUUCUGAGACCAGUCAUUCUGCCUCCAGCAAAUUCAAUGUUUUUGACUGGAAACGUGUUUUUUCUCUCUCUCGCCGUUAUUGCGCCGUUUAAAGUUUAAAGGAAACUCCAGAGGCGCGGAGCUCAGAGACGUGCGCUUGUCUGAUCCUUCCGCUCACUUCAGCUUCACGUGGACGGUUUUUUUUCCAGUGCGCAGACGCUUUGACGCGAGUGACGGCGUUUGGUUACUCGGCCCCAUAAGUGCGUGUCAGGCUGAUGCAUAUCAGUGCUGUCAGCCGAGGGAAAGGUGGAUCCUCACUACGAGCCAACACCUCUUAUCCUCCUCCUGUCAUGCGUGCAGCAGCGCAGCUCCAUCUCUCCGGCUGCUGCUGCCGCUGCUGCUGCUGCUGACGACAGCAACGCUCCCACUCCGCCUCACUUCGCCACAGACGCACUUGCGCGUCCCGGAAAACCAGCUGCGUCUGACAGAAUGAAUGGCUACGGAUCCCCGUAUCUCUACAUGGGGGCACCGGUGUCCCAGCCCCGGGCGCCGCUCCAGCGGACCCCCAAAUGCGCGCGGUGCCGGAACCACGGCGUGCUGUCGUGGCUCAAAGGUCACAAGCGCUACUGCCGCUUCAAGGACUGCACCUGCGAGAAGUGCAUCCUCAUCAUCGAGCGGCAGCGCGUCAUGGCGGCGCAGGUGGCGCUGCGCCGGCAGCAGGCCAACGAAAGUCUGGAGAGCCUGAUCCCGGAGUCGCUCCGGGUGCUCCCCGGCAUCGGCAUCCCCGGGUCGGGUGAGGGGAACCAGGGAGCCCCGCCGCGGACGGAGGAGCUGGAGCUGCGGUGGAGCAGCGCGGAGACGACGCAGGGCGGAGCGGCGGCGUGCGCAGAGCCGGCGGAGGACGGCGCUGACGAGGCGUCCGGAGCAGAGAACGGGGGGAGCUCCAGCGAGAAGGAGCAGGACCCGGUCAGCUCCCCCGAGGGCUCCAAAGCCAACUCCUGCUACACCCCGGAGCCGCCCGAGGCGCCCUCCCAGCACGAGGAGAGCCGCUGCGGCCACGCGAAGGCCGGAGGCGCCGACAAGGAGGCCAAGGCAGAGAGUCCUCACAAGCUCCCCGUGAGCCCCGGGGAGCAGAGCGUGCUGAUCGAAGGCCUCGCCGGCUCCAUCAGCCUGCCCUUCAGCCUCCGAGCCAACAGGCCGCCGCUGGAGGUCCUCAAGAAGAUCUUCCCUGCUCACAAGCCCCCGGUGCUGGAGCUCAUCCUCAGGGGCUGCGGGGGGGACCUGGUGGGGGCCAUAGAGGUGCUGCUGUCCAGCAGGGGGCCUGACGGGAGCGCGCACCCGCACCCGCACCCGCACGCGGACGCGCACCCCGAGGCCCUGGUGCUGCCUUCCAACGGACACCUGUUCGAGCACACGCUGGGCUCCUACCACCCGGUGUCGUCCUCCGCCAAGUGGUCGGUGGGCUCUGCUUUCCGCGUGCCCGAGUCGCUCCGGUUCACGUCCGAGUCCGCCUCGGGCGUGGUGUCCGCCGGCCCCCUGGGGGUCCCCCUGCAGCACCCGUCUUUCCCGCAGCCCACGCGCUACCCGCUCAUGCUGCGCAACUCCCUGACGCGCAGCCAGACCAACCCCUUCGUGCACAACGACGUGACUCUGUGGAAUACCGUGGCUCUGCAGCAGCAGUACCAGCUCCGAUCGGCGGCCCAGUACGUGUCCCCGUUCUCCCCCGCAGCCCCCGCAGCCCCCGCAGCCCCCGCGGGGUCCGUGUUCCGCAGCUCCCCCAUCCUCCCGUCCAGACCGUCUGAGGAGCCGCGCAUCGGCCUGCAGGAGGAGAGCUGCGCGCUGGGCCACAAGGGCGGCCUCUACUCCCCGGACGAGGAGUUCGACGAGCGCUCUGACUCCGCAGACUCCCGCAUCCUGAGCUCUUCCACAUAAACGUGCGGAUGACGGACCUUUGCCGAACCAAAUAUGUAUUAAUGUGUGCGCGUGCGCGUUUCCUGGGUCACUGUACUUUACCAACACGGCUGAAUGUAACAGAGUGUGAUCAGCCAUUAUUUUGAAAAGCCACCAUGUCCUUCCUGUCCGCAUGUCCAGUGCUGUGAAAAGCUCCAGUGUAAAACCGCUGCAUGUCAAGCGUAUAAGCCAAAUAAACCUUGGUUGUUCCAACGGGCCAGUGUGUGAGUGAAUGACUGAAAGCUCCAAGUGACGCCUGCUAAGGCUCCAUCAUGAGCAGAUGGUUAUGGUUGAACGUAAUAACAGCAUUAAA